AUGGUUUAGAUGUAAAUUAUCAAAUUGUAUCUUUCCCAUAAAAAAAUACUUUAUUAAUAAUCCCUUCAAAUUAUAAAUGGUUAAUUUAAAUUUAUUAUGAAAAUUUAAAUAGAUUUUUUUAUUUAUGAUUAUUCUAAAUAUCCUUAUGGGCUGAUCAGAAAAAAUGAUUUACAAUGUUAUGAAGAUUUCCAUUUUAUAAUUAUAUUGAUUUCAAUUUUUGGAUGUAUUAUUUAUUAUUAUCCACUUCAGGUUUAUCUAUAAUCAAUAUUUCAAUAUAAUUAUUAAUCAUUAAAUUUAAAAUAUACAUCUAAUUAUGUUGUAAUUUUCACUUAAGCUAAAUUGCUUAUACUAGGUUUGAGCACUGUAUUUAAAAAUGUUUAGGUAUUGUACUUAUAUUUCAACAUAAGACUUAACCUUGCUUUGUCAAAUGGUUUAAUAAAAUUGAUUAAUGUUUG